GAACGAUAUAAUAUAUCAGGUCCAUUGGAAUUCAUUAAUGAUCCGAUAAAUAAUGAUGUUAAGAAUGUUUAUUCAAUUUAUUCAGUUGAUAAUGAAAAUAUUGAAUGUAAUGAUUUUAUAAAAGAAGAAUUUCAUGAUUCAAUAAUCAGCAAUUCAAAUAUAUUCAGUUCAACUUCAACACUUAACCCUUCUGAUAAUGGAACUAAUUCAACAACUAUUGAGUAUAAUAAAAUUAUGACUUCAAAUGAGAUAGAAGAACGAAAAAAAAUUCGUACUUGUUAUAAACUUUCAUGUUUCAAAUGUCAUGAAAUAAAUUAUUCAAGUUGGGGCGAUUGGAAUUGGGAUGGUUGGCAAAAUAUAGAAAAAUCUAAUUAUCUAUCCCAUGAUAAUUUAACAAAAUCUCAACAACAUUAUUUAGAAGACGACGAGCAAUUAUAUGAAAAUUUUCAACAAAAUGAUGAUCAAUAUCAAUAUCAAGAUGAUUAUGAUGAAAAAGCAUCGCAAUCAUGUCAAUCUGAUCAGUCAGUAUUUGAACGAUAUUCUGUUAUACGUGGUAAAGAAUUUCCUUAUCCACUUACUCCAACGAGAUCUAAUCGUCAAUCUCCAAUUCCAGGGAGUAGAGGUUCUUUAUUUAAUAGACAGAUUCGAGUUGCUAGUCAAAUUCCUAAUUUAAUAAAUACAGAUAGAAUUGAAGAAAUUGUAGAAAUUAUUAUUAACCAUAAUCUUAACAACAACAAUCUGCAACAGAUUACAGAAUCUGAAACUAUCAUUCCAUAUUCAUCCAUUAAUUACGAAUGAAUUAAGUGUUUAAGUAGGAAGAAUAUAUGGGAGACACUAAAAAUAACAUAUAUGGCACAUUUAUAAGUUACUUACUCGUGACGUUGUAAUUUAAUGCGCCUUUUUAAUGAUUUUCAACGUGAAAUUGACUCAAAAUCAGACCGAACUGGUAACGAUAAAUCCUUAUAUCAUUAAGUUUUCUAACCAAAUAUGAGUUUUCAAUUACCGGUUAUUUAUAUAUUAUAAAAUUUUUACUUAUAUAUAUUGUAUUUAUUAUACUUUGUAUUUAAAUUAUUAUUAAAAAUUAAAAUUCCUUUAUCGGUUCCAUAACUUUAUAAUAUUUAUAUUAUGUCACUUAAGUAAUUGUUCUCAGAAAUAACUACAUUUA